CAGGUAAACAUCCUCGUCCCCCCCUCCACCCUCCACCAUGCCACCCUCUUCUACGGCACCACCCUAUCUCUAACCUCCCGCCCCGUCCCUUCCUUACAAGCCGGGACACUGGCUUGGUUCGACAUUUCCUCCUCAGGUCAACAACUCCAUGUGGCAAUUGGUCGCCCAGAUGUCGAUUUCACGCCCGAAGCCCGGCAGGCGAAGAGACACCCUUGUUUCCGAGGCGAAAACGCGGAGAAGUUGAGGGAGUUGCAGGAGAGGAUUUGGGAGCAUUAUAAGAGGGGUGGGGAGGGGGCGCCGAUGCAGUGUGAUGAGCCGGGGAGUGUGGAGAGUGGUGCCCAGGGGGUCGAGUAUCCCACGAGAUUCUUUGCGAGGGACUUUGCGGGUAAUAGGCUGGAGUUCAGCCUUUGA